ACAGCAUUGCGCAGCUUGCGGCGGGAUUCGGGUUUGGGGACCCAAUUUCCAAACACCCCGCGCAUCAGUAAACAAUGUGAUGAAUUUUAAUUUGUUGGUGGGAGUCUCAGAAAAACGACAGAAAGAUAAAAGAAAUCAUAACACGGCGACUAGCCCGAACUCAAACUCAAAACGGCCGGUAGUUGUUUUGUACCUCUGUAUGACAUUUGCAUGUAAAUAUUUUUUUAGUACUACAUUUCACAACAUCAAGCAGUGAAUCACUUUCCCCCCCACACACACAUACAUACCGGGAGGGAGCCUUUUUGGUGGUGGUGGAAAUUCUUCCUUGAGAAGAACAAAGUUUGCAUCUUCCCAACCCCCCCUCGAUUGUAUCACUGCUACACCAGAUGGAGACGGACCUGGCGACAGCGCGGGCCCGGGGCGAGGAGCCGGCCUUGGCGGCCGAAGUCAAGUCGCACAGCGAGGAGAAGGGGGGAGGAGAACAACAACAAGAUGUGCGGGAGGCGAAGACUGCGGGAACGUCGAGCGGUGAUGAUACCACGGAGGCGGAUGCAUCCGCGACCGACCUGAAGGUGCAGGGCGGACUGGGCGCGGAGGAGGAGAACACGGAAUACAUCACCGGGCUCAAGCUGGCGCUCGUCAUGGGGAGCUUGACGCUGACGUGUUUCUUAAUGUUGCUGGAUACGAGUAUCAUAAGCACGGCCAUACCAAGUAUCACGGCCGAGUUCAACUCCCUCCCGGAUAUCGGGUGGUAUACUGCAGCAUACCAACUGGCUAGUGCAUCACUACAGCCGCUCACCGGAAAAUUUUAUACCCAUUUCAAAGCAAAGUGGGUGUUUUUGGUCUUUUUCAUUAUGUUUGAGCUUGGAUCUCUAGUUUGCGGCUUGGCAAGGUCAUCGUCUUUGUUGAUCGGCGGGCGCGCGAUAGCUGGUGUCGGCGGCUCCGGUCUGAUGAAUGGGGGCAUGACUAUCAUAGCUGGGGCGGUACCAUUACAGAAACGGCCUCUCUACACUGGAAUACUCAUGGGAUUCGCGCAGCUAGGCCUCAUAUGUGGGCCUUUGAUUGGUGGUGCCUUGACGCAAUAUGCUACCUGGAGAUGGUGUUUUUUUAUCAAUCUGCCCAUCGGUGGCCUGACGGGCUUGCUUCUGGUCAUCGUGCAGACUCCAGAUUUGACAGUCAAGGAGCCCUUCUCGCUAUCGCUCGUGCGCAAAACAAUCCCGGAGCUUGAUCUUCCGGGGUUUGUACUGUUCGCACCAGCGGCCAUCAUGUUCCUCCUUGCCCUUCAGUGGGGUGGGAACGAGUACGCCUGGUCCAACUCCGUCAUCAUCGGACUCUUCGUCGGUGCUGGCGCAGCCGCAAUCGUUUUCGUGUUGUGGGAGCGCCACAUGGGUGAUCGUGCCAUGGUCCCCGGGUCGCUCGUGAGGAAACGCGUGGUGUGGAGCAGCGCUGUCAACGGCAUGUCGCUGAUGGCCCUCAUCUUCACCGCAGCACAAUACUUCCCAGUCUACUUCCAAGCCGUCAAAGGGGAAGGACCGGCCAUGAGCGGCGUCGACCUCCUGCCCAGCAUAUUGAGUCAACUGCUCAUGGUCAUUGUAGGUGGCGCGCUCAUACAGAGGGUCGGGUACUACCUCCCUUUUGCGGUGCUCAGCGCCGCGAUCAGUGCGGUGGGUAAUGGACUCAUCACAACAUACACUCCGUGGACUUCGACGGCGAGGUGGGUGGGUUACCAGAUCCUGCUUGGUGGUGGAAGAGGUCUAGGAAUGCAGUUGGGCCUUAUCGCGGUCCAGAACGUGCUCUCACCUCAUCAGAUACCUGUAGGUGUGGCAUUCCUGAUCUUCUGCCAGAACUUCUCGGGCGCCGUCUUCGUUGUGGUCGGCUCAGUCAUCUUCACGCAGAGUCUUGUAUCCGAGGUGCAAACACAUGCGCCCUCGGUCUCUCCUGAGGCUGCUCUCGCCGCUGGAGCUAGCGCGGGUGCUGUGAGGGCUUUGGUGCCAGCUGGUGGCGAAGAGCUUGACGGUUUGUUGCUCGCCUUUUCCAACUCUUUCAACAAGGUGUUUUAUCUGCUUAUUGCCAUCUCCUUCGUAGGCUUGUUUUCAGCCUUUGGGAUGGGCUGGACGGACGUGAGAAAGAAAAAGACCCAAGAGAAAGGGGAGGCCUAAUAGGGCCAAUAAGGGGUGGAGUUUUUGCUCCACCAAUUAAACCUUUGGCAUGCGGUGAUUAGCUUUAACGUGUCGCAUUCCACUGUUAUGGUACCGUUGCACCCGUAGAUUUAGAAGCGAUAAUAGAUAUUCUUUUUCAUCAGCUGCUAUCCUGUACUUGACGAAACAUUCCUUGGAAACUCUUUCAGGGUCGGUUCAAGUCACACGACUCAUAUUGAAGGUAGCGCAAGUUUUUGAAUAAAGUUCUGACAAGAAUUGGUCACGAUCUAACUUGCUCGGACUUCACUCUAGGAAAACCUCGGACCAGAUUAGCAAAACAGAUGUUUCCCCUUUUUAAUAAGCCUGUGCAAAACACGUGUAGUUGAUGGGUUUCAGGCUUGAGUUCUAUCGCGGACAAAGUAGUAAUGGUAUGAUAUAGUUACUAGCACUCAUCUAAAUAAUACAUGGC